AUGGCGGACGACAUCACAGCAUGGCUAGCUGGGGCUAUAGUCAAAUUUGACAAAGACCACCAGCAAAAUUUUGCCGAGGUAGCGCACGGCAAGUUGGCCCAACUCUCCAAGUUCACCACUUAUAGAGAUGAGGAUGAUCCGCACAAGCAGAUAGUCGGUGUCUUGUCCGACAAGACGCAUUGGGUCUGGGUCAAAUUUGACGUCGCUGCGACAGACGAGUUUGAGGAAUCCAGACACGGUCUCCCCUCUGAGAGUCUCACUUCCCACCUCCGAGCGGUCUUCCGGAUCAAGAAAUAUCGAAUCUCGCUCCAGGCCCGAGAGACCCCAAGCCGGUCUCGAUCGCUCUCGCGAGCCGGAUCAGAGCUGGACGUGGGGUUGCACACGCCCCAGAUCCCGCGGGUAUGGUUCGAGAUCCUCGAAUGGGAGAUACCGUUAGGGGACGACAAGGACCCGGAGUAUCGGGAGAAGUCGGUUGAGGUGGGGAUGGGCAAAGAGGACGGGGAGGUUCAGAAGGUGUUGAGGAAAUGGUGGGCGGGCGAGGCGGAUGAUGAGUCCCUGGAGAAGCAGGCAGAGGCGAGGGCGAAAGAAGGGAGUCCGUCCAGGGCAAGAGAUCUGGUCAUCCCCCCUCAACCGCCGGUUAUCGUUAAUGUGCUCAAGACCAAUACGACCAAAUCCCCUCUGGAUGGUCUUUUGGCAGGACACAAACCCAUCCCCGACUGGUACUUCGACGUGCCGGAUGACCAGCGGGCCAUCCUCGAUUCUAUCGAGAUGUUUGGGCGGGAUGUCGAGGACGACACGGCGGUUGAGCCGUCUCGCCAGGCGGAGGCAGUCGCUGCUGUGCCAAGCGUAUCUCGUCCGCUACCUCGGACGGGCGGGCCGAAUGCAGAGGCGGGACCAUCCCGCCAAGCUCAAGCCCAUGUCGUCGCGCCGCCUGCCACUGCUACGUCUCGCCCGGAAGCGACACUUCAACCGAACACGGAAGCGGGACCAUCCCGUCAGCCAGGCCGACCGGCAGCCGAGCCAAGCGUUCCUCCUCAGGCUGCCGCGCUCUCUGUCCCUCCCACACUACACCAACCUCCUACACCGCCAAAAAGCCCGCCGGUUGUGGUGCCUCCCCAAGGCACAGGCCCACAGGCCGGGCGGACAGCACCUCUGCUCAGCAGGCCUUCUGCGAUACCGCCUCGGAGGGGUCCUCGGGCGUCGGGACCGGGACCUGUGCCUCCAACACAGCCAGCACGGGAGCCAGAACCGGAACUGGCCGAACCAGAGCCAGAGCAUGCACCGUCCCCACCCCGUCGCAGUGGCUCGGUCGCCAUGUCCUCGCCUGAGCCAGAAGACCCACCCUACACCGAGGUCCACAUCGCCGCUCUUCCCCUAUCGCCCGAGGCCAAGCUAGAGCCAGCGCGCUCCCUUCCCCUUGCUGCCGCCCUACCGCCCGCAGCGACCGCGCGGUCCAAACCAAGAACCGUGUCCUCAUUGGGACAAACCGGCUCUCAGGCCACUCAAGCUACUCAGCACCCGCGUGACCCCCGCGCUCGGUCGAGUCUUCCCACCCCAGCGACCAGCUCUGAUCCCGGUAUCCACGUCGAGAAAUCGUUCCCCCUCCAGCUCGGCCAGCGCAUGCCGGAAGUACGCGCAAGUCUGCCCACGCCCGAAGCGGCGGAUCCAUCGCCCAACGGAGAAGAGGAAGAGGAAGAGAAGGCGGAAGACAGCUCGAGCCGGGAGGACUCGCCGCCACCGAAGAAGCCAGCGAAGAAGGUGCAUAAGAUGCGGCGGAGUAUACAACCCGCUGAACCCGUACAACGGGUUAAACGGGAAAGCUCGCCUGCCGCACCCGAACCAUCGUCGAGCGCGGGCGCGGAUCAUCGUCCACGCUCCGAUGGCGAGGAGACGGACGAGGCGGAGCUGUCGUCCGAGUCGAUCAAAAGGCGGCAACGGGUGCGAGAGAAGAAGGCUGCUAAAGCGGUCAAGGCGGCGAAGGAGCCCAAAUCAUCCCAGCGACUCCCGCCGUCUUCUCCGCCGGAUUCGGAUCCGGAUCCUUCGCCUCCACCCAAGGGUCACGAGCGGAAGAAGGGGUCCACCUCGGCGGUCGACCGAAACCCGGACCCGCCUGCGGCGAGCAGGAAACGGCGGCGACCAUUACCGUCUGAUGGUGAGGAUCAGCCCGACCCGAGCCUUGAGCGAAGGGUCCGCCGGUCCUCUGGUCUUCCCGCUCGCAGCUCCGCCGUGAACGCUCGGGACCAUGAGGGCACUUCUUCCCCUAUCGACGUCAAACCCACCCCUCCCAAAUCCAGUCCGUCCAACGGUGGCGCCGGUCCACCCCGCAGCGCAGAGGCAAUCCGGUCCGGCUCGAAAUCCCACUCUCAAUCACUGAGCCAAAGCCACCGCCGUACCCAAACCCAAACCCAGACUCUCGAAGUGUCCAGCGUCGAAGAGGCUCAACGACCCAUCUCUGGCCUGCCGCGCGAAUCGUCCACGCUGUGGCCCAACAACAAGUCGCAAGCGGGACGAUUACGGACGCCGAGCGAGAGCUUGCCGGAAAGCGUGAAGAGCCAGGGGGUGUAUGGGAUCGGAGGGGCUGGGGGUGUGGAUGAUGAGGAAGAAGAAGAAGAGGAGGAGGUAGAGGAGGUAGAAGCUCGUCAAGGCGAAGAAAGGAGGGAAGUUAAGGAGGAAGGAGAAGAAGAGGAAGAGGAGGAGGAGGAAGCGGAGUAUCACUCUGAGGAAUCGCUACCCCAGCCUGAAUCGGAGUCCCAGCCGGAGGUGUUCCAUAGGGAACUGAAGAAGAGUGUGGGUGCCAAGCUUGUAGAGGAGAGCGUCGAGAGUGGGGAAAAGGCGCCGGCGUCGAGUGGGCAGAGCUCGAAGAGUGUCAAGAGCGACGGGAUACUGGUGGAGGAUAGUGAGGAGAGUCAGGAGAAGGCCAAGGAGAAAGCGCGGGUCAAAGGGAAAGGGAAGGAGAAGGUUGUGGAGACGGAAGUGAAAGUGAAGGAGGAAAGAGGGGUCAAGCGGUCUAGGGAAAGAGAGAGGGAGAGGGAGGCAUCUGCUUCGAAAUCCGUCCAGCCAAGGGAGAGGGCACAAGAACGGUCCGUCCCGCCUACCGUUAAGCGGCUCAAGGUGGAGACAGCUCCAGUCCCUCCCCGUUCGAGCUCUACUCGGCCGGCGGACCCAUCGGUUGCUCAUCCUCCCCCGCGCGAACCCGCCCGAUCUACUUCUUUCUCCACGGUCCGGGCGAGCGGGAACGGACGGUCAGCGACUCCCGCAGGAGCACCACACGCUCAGCCGCAGCCCCUCGCUGGACCAUCCCUCAUCGCCCCCACCUCCACUCUACCUGCUGGACCGUCCAACAGAGCCCUGGCCCCAUCUGCAACCUCGAAGCCGACCUCCAAGGUCCCAGGCAAGCCGCUCGUAUCGGAUCGCAAUCCUCAACAUUCCGCGAAGUCCACAUCGGCGUCCUCCUCUCGUCUACCCACCAAGGCGCCGCGGCAGAGCGAACCCCCGCGAGAUGCGGAACGGCCAGUCAAGCGACCGCGAGUAAGCGAUCCGGUGAAGGCGGGCGGGUCGAGCAGGCAGGCGUCGGCGGCGCUAUCCAGGAGCGGAGCUGUCGGGAUCGACAUCGGGGAAAGGGUGCCGACGCCGGGGCAGGGUCAACAGCUGCAGCAGACGGCGUCAUCCGCACCCGUUGCUGUGCCGAGAUUAGGAGGUUUCAGGCCGGAUCUGAGCGUGACCGGUGGGUUGGGACAGGAGUGGCUCUUGAAGGCUCUUGAUGAAGUGAAGCAGAUCAGGAGACUCAAGGGUCAGGCAUGA